UUCAAAUGUUUUCUUCUGUUCAGUCAGGUCAAUUCAGUGAAGAUAUGAUACCCACCGUGGGCUUCAACAUGAGGAAAGUUACUAAAGGUAACGUCACAAUAAAGAUCUGGGACAUCGGAGGGCAGCCCCGGUUCCGGAGCAUGUGGGAGCGGUACUGCAGAGGGGUCAACGCCAUCGUUUACAUGAUAGAUGCUGCAGAUCGCGAAAAGAUAGAAGCCUCGCGAAAUGAACUUCAUAAUCUUCUAGAUAAACCACAGUUACAAGGAAUUCCAGUGCUUGUCCUUGGAAACAAGAGAGAUCUUCCUAAUGCCUUGGAUGAGAAACAGCUCAUUGAGAAAAUGAAUCUGUCUGCUAUUCAGGAUAGAGAAAUUUGCUGCUAUUCAAUUUCUUGCAAAGAAAAGGAUAAUAUAGAUAUCACACUUCAGUGGCUUAUUCAACAUUCAAAAUCUAGAAGAAGCUGAAAAGCAUCUCCUGACGUCUUCCAGUCCUUCCUGGCUGUAAUCCUAAAAUUAUUGUCCGUUCCUCUGAAGUACUUCCCAGAAUACGGUCCUUCCUAAACCCAAGAAAUUGCCUUUUUCAGAGUUUAUUUCUCAUGUGCACUGCUGAAAAUGUGUAUCCCCUAAUCCUUCAUAAAGAAUCAGCUAGAGUUGUCACGAUAAAGUCAGCACACACCAAGGCUUCUGACACACACUUGUCUUACACAGUGUGUAGAGCUUUUUUUAAAAAACACACUUCCGACCAUCUUAAAUCAAGAAGAUUGCAGAUUUCCGUUCUGGUCUUUCUGGACCAGAUUUUUGUAUUGGUUUUCAGUAAAUGUCUGUCUAUGAUAUUUCAUUCUAGAGUCCAGUAGCUUUACUACUGAUACUGGCUUGAUACAGCAUGAAGUUUCUAGUACCACACACACACAGUAUUUAGAAAACCUUUAGCCUGACUCGUGUGGGCUGUAAACAUAAUGUUGACAUAGCCCACAAAUGCAUGUGAAAUGUAUAAUUACACCUUUGGAGUUGUAAGAAUGGUCUGCGAGGAGACAAGGCUCCAGGUCAGUGUUGUUAGGGGUUCUUGACACUGAGACCUUACGUGAUGGAUCUGAACACCAGUCUGCUCUCUGAGCGUUCUUCAUCGCCGGGCAGCAGUCGGGGAUGUGGGAGGCACUGAGGCGUGCCCUUUUGUAUCUGUCCAGGUCACUACUUCUCUAUUUUUUCUUUUUUUGCUUGUUCAACACUUUUUUAAGGGGUUGGGAACUGAAGAUUUUCUCAAAAGCUUUCAUGAAUUUAGAGCAUUCCAGCCAAUAUAAUAAAACGUGUUAAGAACGUCAGACUUUGUUCAGACACCUGUUUGUUCUUUCUAUCUCCAGUCAUUGAGUCAGGGCUGCCGCAUGACACUUGAACUCCUGACUUUUUAUAUCCAGUCACAAUGCUGACUUGCAGCACAACAGAUACUUACAAACAAAAAAGUUCCUACUUUCCUCUCUUCCUGAGGUAAGGUUUGGCACUCUUUUGCCGGUGCCAUGAGACAUCUUGAUUAUUGUGACAACUCUAGACCUGCCUGCUUUAUCUGAUGUAAUCACACGGAAUGUCUGCAGGUUGGCUGACAAUCACACAGAGCUGAGGACCUGAGGCUGUUCGUUGUCAGCCUCUAUGACAUGGAGAUGUAUAAACUUAACAUGAGUGCGUUUCGUAGUUCAAUGAUCUCCAUACCAUAAAGGGACAUGUUAUUACUGGCUCAUCUGUCAACUGUCCUUCACAUAGACCACUGUCGUAGAUCAAACUCUGUCUGGUGCGCCUGCUUGUGUGUUGCCUCACACUGUGUGUGAUUUUGUCUCCUUUGUUAAGCAGCACUCAUGUGGACAGUGCAUCUCCCACCGUGGUGAGCACUCAGAGUGCAGUCAACAGUAAGUUCUUUUAACGAAUUCCAGUUUUAAUUUAUAGACUGCCAUGGCCUUAACAAUAUUCUGUACAAAAUCCUGCACUGUGUUGCACAGACACUACUUACUUGUCUUCAGUCACAUUUUUAUGGGUAGACUCGGCUUUUACAAUUCUGUUCUUAUCCUUUGAAGCAUGUUGCAUACUUCCCUGAUGAGAUGGGUGGUUCUGUAAAUGAAGGGAUAGUUAAACUUGCUACCGUAGUUCGAUGCCAUCGGUGGCCGCUGGAACCAUUACCAAGAAUGUAGCAAUCUGUGCCUAAAAUGGAGGACUCGGAACUGGAAUGUGUGACUGUGGGGGCCGCACAGGCCGUCCUGACCUGUAGCUACACCUGAAUAAGUCUGUGUGUCUGGGCAUUGCUUUCGGCAUUUGAAGACAUCCAGACACCGCCGCCAUUUUCCUGUGCAUUAACCUCUGCAUGUGAAAACUUAACAGUUACUGAACUUUGUAAAUACAUGGAUUUUAUUUAGGUGGAUGCAUUUUUCGUCUGUUACUGCUCUUCUCGGCUUUAUUCAAUAAACUUGCAUUUUGAGGGUUGUAUUGACAAUUUUAACCUAAAAUGUGCAUCAUGAUGGAAGGUGCUGACUUUUUUGGAAGGGGAUGGAAAGAAAGUUACCAUGAGCAGGGUCCAUUGACCACAUGCGAGAAUGAAAUCCGCUCAGCUCUCAAAGAAUUGGGUCUUUGGGCUAGUUAAAAAUAGAAAUAAACUUCUAAAAUGUC